UGGGAAGGGUUUUACCUGGAAGGUCUCAUUAAAAAAACAUCAAGUCAUUCACACUGGAGAGAGACCAUUUAGCUGUGACUUGUGUGGAAAAUCUUUUAGACAGCCUGGAAGCUUAAAAAGACACCAGCUCAUCCAUAGUGGAGUUAAAGAACAUACUUGCAAUCGGUGUGGGAAGUGUUUCUCUCGGAAAGAAGGGUUGGAAGAGCACAAACGUAUCCACAGUGGUGUUAAACAGUACAGCUGUGAUCAGUGUGGUAAAGUCUUUGCUCACCGCAGCGGCUUAUGGACUCAUCAAGUUGCCCACUCUGGAAUUAAGGCAUACAGCUGUGAGGUUUGUGGAAAAACUUUCAGCCAAGUAGGGCACCGAAAUGCACACCUACGCAUUCACACUAAAGAGGAUGUGUACUACUGUGAACAGUGUGGAAAAGUGUUUAUGACAAACAGAGACUUAAAAAUCCACAAAUUCACUCACACUGGAGAGAGACCUUAUAAAUGUCACGUGUGCGAUAAGGCUUUUAAAGAUCCAAGUUCCCUCAAAGCGCACCGACAGAUCCACACCAGGAAGAAACUCUACAAGUGCAGUUACUGUGAGAAGCAGAGCGACACAGAUGGAUCCAGUUCUCAACCCUGUCAUCACUGUGGUGGUGGGAAAGCGUUUCGUUGUGACAUUUGUGGAAAAACUUUCAAUUGGCGAAGGAGCCCAAAAAUACAUCUACGUAGACACACUGGACACAAACUCAAGUACUGCAAAGAAUGUGGGAAAGGCUUCCCCACAGCAGGCGAAUUAAAGCGCCAUGAACUCAUUCACAGUGGCGUUAAAACGAACCUCUGUGAUCAGUGUGGGUCAUCCUUCACCACUGCAGGGCUUUGGAGCGUGAUGUCACUGGAGGUGGGCCACGCCCCCUUCCGCCAUGACACUUGGCCAGACAAAGCAUACAGCUUCAGCUAUGGUUCGUACGUGUUGUGUGGUCGGUUGCAACGUUAGAUCUCACGAUCGUAAAGGCAAGAAGCUGGAUAAUGGGCUCUCUUUUCAUCGUUUUCCAUCCUGGAGGCAACCUGAGGGAUCCCAUGUAUCCGAUAUUACUAAACAAAGACGUCAGGCUUGCAUU